AAAGCAAGAUGGCGACCGAAAAGGCGCGAAGAGACCGCUGGGGUAUUUGGCGCCAGAUCGCGUUCGGGUUCAUCGUCGGCGCCUCCAAGUUCGAAGUCGGGAUGGUGAUCGGCUGGUCGGCCAUCUUGCCCAAAAUGCAAGUCGACAACAGCACGGGUUUCGUUGUCGGGGAGAGUGACGUCACUUGGCUGGUGGCGUCGCCCAGCAUCGCAGGCCUGGUGGUGACGCUGUUCACGGGUCCGCUGAUGGAGGCCACAGGUCCCUCUCGCCUGCUCUUCCUCAUGUACCUCCCCAUGGCCCUCCUGUGGCUCCUGCAGGCUUUCACGCCCUACCUCUCCGUCCUGUACCUGGCCCGGUACUUGGCCAGCGGGAUCUACAUGGUUCUUGGGCCUCUGCCGGCGACGCUGAUCUCCGAACUCAGCGAGCCCAGGCUUCGGGGCUUCCUGUUGGGGUUCGAGGAGGUGCUGGUGGCGCUCGGGCAGAUGGCGGCGUACGUGAUGGCCGACCUGCUGCCCUGGGCGCUCGCGACGGCACUCUGCGCGGCGCCCUUCUUCGUGCUGUACGGCUGCGCUUAUUUCCUGCCGGAGCUGAGGCAGUUCGCCCACGCCCACCACUACCGGCCCGUGGUCCUUCUGGCGGCCGUGUUCACCCUGCGGGAGCUCGGCGGCCAGUACGUGUUGUUCGCGUAUACGGUGUACUUGUUCCGUCAGGCGGGCGUGCACCUCGACGCCUUCCUCUGCACGAUCCUGGUGGGCGUGAUGCGCGUGGUCUUCACCUCCCUCGGCUGCGGCGUCGUGGAUCGCGUGGGGCGGCGGCCGCUCAUCGUCACGACGUCCCUGGUGUGUGGCAUCGCUGAGGCCGUCGGGGCUCUAUUCCUGCUGGUGGACGUCCCCGGGGCCUCGUGGGUGCCCCUGGCCGCCGUCCUGCUCUUCGUCGCGUCCUACGGCUUCGGCCUCGGACCCAUCCCGUGGGCGCUGCUCGGGGAGCUCCUGCCCACGCCCAUCCGCUUCAUCGGCAGCUCCAUCUGCAUCUUCAGCUUCAGCCUGACGCAGUUCGUGGUCAGCUACCUGUUCCCGCUGCUGAUGGACCGCGCGGGCGUCGGGGUGGCCCUCCUGGUCUUCGCUGUGGCCCACGGCGUCCUCGGCCUCGUCCUCUGGGCCUUCCUCCCGGAGACGCGAGGCCGGACCCUCAGCGACCUCCAGGACUGCUUCUCCCCCGUCAGGAGGGCGACGGAGCCGGUGCAGUUGCAGAACUAUAAAAAGGCCAUCAACAGUUGAUGGAUUCUACUAAUAAUUUCCAUACAUGUGUUCGUGAAAAAAAAUGUUGUAAGAUGUAGUUUAUUUAACAAAGAUUAGCUUUUUUUUUUU